AUGCUUGAACAACUGAAUAUCAGGACCGCUCUUAUGCUUGUCUUCGUGGCAAGUUGCAACUGUGGCACAGCUUCGGCACCUCCAGCCAACCUGAACUCUACAACAGAACUCAGCAACAGGACGGACGGUGUAGAUGGUUCAGAAACUUGGCCAUGGGAGGAACUAGCAAAGAACUGCAGCUCACUUGGCAACAGCAACGAGACAUCACGAGUGAAGAAAAACGUAACUUCAACUUUAUUUGAGUGCGCUGGAGAGACAAAAGAUCCAGAAAGUUCCCAGUUCCAGGGUCGCACUGGAUAUAGUUGGAUAUUGCUUGUUAUGAAUGCCAUGUCAGUCGUGUCGGUUGUGGCCAACAGCCUACCCUUAGCAGCCAUCAUCAAGUACGAGGCGCUGCACAAACCGGUCUACAUACUGAUGGCCAACAUGGCAGCAAGCGACAUUGUGGCUGGGGUGAACUUCCUCUGUGCGGGUUUAACCGUCUUCUUCUACGCAACAGCUGGGAUCAAUCCGCCAAUGGCCUUGCACCGCUUCCUCCCCACUUCUAUCCUCCUCUCAGCUCUGUCCUCCGCCUACAGUCUGCUGGCGCUAACGGCUGAGCGCUACUGGUUCAUCGUGCACGGCCUGACGUACGAGGACAAGAUCACCAACGAUAGAUGUAAAGUCGCCAUCAUCGUGGUCUGGAUGUGGAGUAGCAUCUUGGCGCUGCUGCCGGUGUUUGGAUGGAGCUGUACGUUUCCGUCCCAGGUAGGGUGUUCCCAGUAUGGCGGAGGCACUCCACAAAGUUACCUGGUCCUGAUCCUAUUUCUCAUCUUCAUUCCGAUGGCGGCGAUCGUGUUCUUCAACCUCGGCGUGUUCCGGUGCCUGUGGCGGCAGGUUAGCGACAUCAGGCGACAGGAAGCCGCGGUGCAGGCCAAGCCGAGUACCAGCAGAAAAUCAGCCGUCACUAUUCUCAUCAUCACCAUCGUGUUUCUGGUGGGAUGGUUGCCAUUCUGCGCGGCAGUCGUCAAAGAAGUAACCUGCAAAGGCGAUUGCGGCCAAAACUCUAUACAAAUGAUAUUUGUCAUCCUGAACUCCGCGGUCAACCCCAUCAUCUACGGCUUCCGUCUGGAGGAAAUCCGCCGCAACGUGAAGCGCCUCUUCUUCGGCAACGCCGUGACUGCAUGGAACCCUUAG